AUGUACACUAUUCAGCCCGGGAACCCGGAUAAUGUAGUGUCUAUGGAAGAAAUGGACAUUGAAUCUCAGUCCAUCACAAUUCCUGCAAAGACAUUCCAGCCUCCAGUGAAUUGCCACAGUACCGCGGAUAUUUCCCUUCAACCAACAUCAUUCUUUGGGAAUAUCCUUCAUAAAUAUCGUGCCUCAUCCGGCACUGAGUCUUCUGCCGGAUCAGAUAUCAACACUCGUUCCUCCUCCCCAAGUGAAAAUCCUCGUAGCGAUGCUUCAUACAGCAUCCCGAGUCCUGGGCCAGAGAGCAGUGCUGACUCGCGCUCGGAUUCUUUGGCUUCGAGUCGAGACAAUGGUGACGGAAAGCAUGGCUUUGUGUUCCCCCAAAGAGCUGCUAUUGCACCAGUAAUGGCCACUUGCCGUGGGGCAGAUGGCCAUGACUUCGACUUCUCUUCACCGGAAGACAGAGCUACUUCAUUCUUCAUCCCUCAGAUGACGCAGCCUCGCAAGAUUGUUGUACCAAAGCCAUAUUCGGGUCAAAAUCUGCCAAGGCCCUCUUCCCGGAAUGAACUGUCGGAUGAUGAGGUUGAUCAAGUCUUAGUACCCCAAGCUGUUCAGGCCUCAACUACGGGGUACAAAUCAUCCCCGACACACUUUGCCGCACAGGAUGGUCUCGGACCUGCCUUGGAGGAAUGGAUGGACUGUGUCACCACUGCUACACCAAAGCCACGACCUGAGCACUCGCCCAAGAACCUAAAGAGAGGAAGACGUACUAUCGUCUUACAAAAGCACCUCAUGCAAGCUGCAAUCAUUAGCUUGAAUGGACUUUGCAUCUUCAGCACAUGGUGGUGGGGAAGCUACUACUAUAUUCUCCUGCCUUUCAUCACGGCCACAGUCGCUUUGAACAUCGUUAUGAUUGUCUCCAUCAUCUUCAACUUGAUUCGCCGUCGGAUAUUCCCAGAAAACCAAACCAUGCCCGAGAAGCCAGAGUCGCUCGUACUGGUUAUUCCCUGCUACAAUGAAACAAAAGAGGAAAUGUUGAAGUCUUUGAAUUCUCUCAUUUCGCAGAACAAUAUCGACCAGCACCCGCGUGCCGUCAUGAUCAUCUGUGACGGGAAGGUUCGUGGUCCCGACAUGGAAAAGACAACUGCGGAUUACCUCUUCGAGGAUAUCCUGGUGAAGAAGGACUAUCGCAUCCGCAUUCCGGCCGCAUAUCUUGCAUGGGAUCAGCAAUUUAUGGAUAUCGAAGUACAAAAGGGAACAUACCAAGGCAUGCCGUAUUUUUGUAUCAUCAAACAACAGAAUCAGGGCAAGCGUGACAGUCUCAUUGUGAUUCGUUCGUUUUUGUUUAACUACAACAUUCGCUUUGAGCGACCGGAGACUGUCUUCACAUCAGUUUUCUUUGCCCAUAUGGCCUCUUUCAUUCAUGAGGCAGGUAUCGAGCAUGUGGAUCAUCUGAUUGGAAUGGAUGCGGACACUGUGUUUGACGAUGACUGCAUUGCUGAGCUCCUCUUGCAAUCCCGGUUCGACCAUGUCGUCGGAGUCUGCGGCUACGUCGCGGUUGAUUGGAAAGACGGCAACUUCAACCCAUGGCGCUUAUAUCAAUCUGCCGAGUACACUAUUGCCCAGGGAUUGCGUCGUCUUCACCAAUCAGUCGCCACACACAAGGUGUCUUGCCUGCCUGGCUGUUGUCAACUGCUGAAGAUCUGCGAAGAGACUUGUGGCCCGGAGGUUUUGAUUGAGAAAUUCGGGUACUGCCCAACUUUGACCGAUGGCAUGCUCACUCAGAUUCGUGCUACAGCUAGUGAAGACCGCAACCAUGUUUGUCACAUGCUGUCCGCAAGACCCAAGGUUCAAACUCGCCAAGCACUGAAAGCAAAGGCAUAUACAGAUGUUCCUCGGUCUUGGUCGGUAUUUCUGUCCCAGCGUCGUCGUUGGACUUUAGGUGCUACAUCCAAUGAUCUGCUACUCGUAUCUGCCCCCGGCGUGCAAUGGUUUGAGCGGAUCUUGGCCGCGGUAAACGUUUUCACUUGGUUUCUGAACCUUUUUAUCUUCGCGAGUGUGGCUAGUUUUAUCAUGGCUGCUACUACUGUCCCGGUCGGUAUCCUGAUGGCCUUCGUCUCGGUGAUGCUUAUUCCCGUCACCUACUACUUUUGCAUUCCCCUUUGGCUAUGCAAUAAGUGGCUCGAUCGGAUUCAGUUCUGGCUUGGAUGCUUAAUGUACAUGUUUUGUGGUCCAUUUUUAAACAUCUCUGUGCUUCUAUAUGCCUGCUGGUACAUGGAUUCCUUUGGAUGGGGAAAGACCAGAAAGGUAGUUACCGAGAGCGAAGAAUCGGCAAAAGCUCUCACUACGACACCGACAUAUGCUCUCGAAGAGACACCAUCCGAGCCUACCGCACUCCCUCAACGACAAGAGGCUCUCUCUGUGCGAUCCUGA